AUUUAAUAAUACGACAAGAUUUACUAUAGGUAUAAAUGCUCAAACUUCAGGGCGGGCCCAGGAAGUUCAAUAUCCGGCAUUAUAUGCUGGUGUGCUUCCAAAAAGAAAAAUAAAAAAUAAAAUUGUUAUUAUUACAUGUAUAUCACGAGC